GCUGGGCGGCGGCGGCGCGGCGCGGGGCCACCACGGAGGCGGCGGCGAUCGCGGCCGCCCCCGGCACCACGUAGAACGCCCCCGCCCGUCCAGCCGCGGCCCAGGCCCGAGCCGAGCCUGCUGCUCCUCGCUCGCCUCCCCAGCCCUGCGCUUCGCCUCCCGGUCCGAGGAGGAGGUGGAGGAGGUGCAGGAGGCGGAGGAGGCGCCGCCUUCGCCGCGCCGCGCGCCCUUGCCGUUGUCUGCGCUCCGCUCUGGACCAGUUUGGGGAAGUUGCCCGAGCCCCGUGUCGCCCAGAUGUGCGACCUCAUUGAGCCGCAGCCGGCCGAGAAGAUCGGCAAGAUGAAGAAGUUGCGGAGAACUUUGUCGGAUAGUUUCAGCCGCAUUGCCUUGAAGAAAGACGACACCACCUUUGAAGAGAUAUGUGUCACAAAGAUGUCCACACGAAACUGCCCAGGAAUGGACUCAGUGAUCAAACCCCUGGACACAAUUCCUGAGGAUAAGAAAGUCAGGGUUCAGAGGACACAGAGCACUUUUGACCCAUUUGAGAAACCCACUAAUCAAGUAAAGAGGGUGCAUUCUGAGAACAAUGCUUGCAUUAACUUUAAUAAGAGCUCCUCCGCUGGCAAAGAGUCUCCUAAAGUUCGGCGGCACUCCAGCCCCAGCUCGCCAACAAGUCCCAAAUUUGGAAAAGCUGACUCAUAUGAAAAACUGGAAAAACUAGGCGAAGGAUCUUAUGCUACAGUAUACAAAGGGAAAAGCAAGGUGAAUGGAAAGCUGGUAGCCCUGAAGGUGAUCAGGCUGCAGGAAGAGGAAGGUACACCUUUUACAGCUAUCAGGGAAGCCUCUCUGUUAAAAGGACUAAAACAUGCUAAUAUAGUGCUGCUUCAUGACAUCAUCCACACCAAGGAGACGCUGACACUUGUGUUUGAAUAUGUGCAUACUGAUUUAUGUCAGUACAUGGACAAGCACCCUGGGGGGCUGCAUCCAGAUAAUGUGAAGCUGUUUUUAUUUCAGUUGCUGCGAGGGCUGUCCUACAUCCACCAGCGCUAUAUUUUGCACAGAGACCUGAAGCCACAGAACCUUCUGAUCAGUGACACGGGGGAGUUGAAGCUGGCAGAUUUUGGUCUUGCAAGAGCAAAAUCCGUCCCCAGCCACACAUACUCCAAUGAAGUGGUUACCUUGUGGUACAGACCUCCGGAUGUCCUCUUGGGCUCGACAGAAUAUUCCACCUGCCUUGACAUGUGGGGAGUCGGCUGCAUCUUUGUUGAGAUGAUCCAGGGAGUUGCUGCUUUUCCAGGAAUGAAAGAUAUUCAGGAUCAACUUGAACGAAUAUUUCUGUGCUUCCCAGGUGGCUCAGGGGUAAGGAAUCCACCGCCAACACAGGAGUUGCAGGUUCGACCCCUGGAUCAGGAAGAUCCCCUGGAGGACAUGGCAACCUACUCCAGCAUUCUCGCCUGGGAAAUCCUAUGGACAGAGGAGCCUGGCGGGCUACAGUCUGUGGGAUGGCAAAGAGUCAGACACGACGGAGCGCGCGUGCAUGUUCUAUUUCAACCACAGGUCCUUGGAACGCCCAAUGAGGACACGUGGCCCGGAGUUCACUCUUUACCACAUUUUAAGCCAGAACGCUUUACCCUGUACAGCUCUAAAAACCUUAGACAAGCAUGGAAUAAGCUCAGCUAUGUGAAUCAUGCAGAAGAUCUGGCCUCCAAGCUCCUCCAGUGUUCCCCAAAGAACAGACUAUCAGCUCAGGCUGCCUUGAGCCACGAGUAUUUUAGUGACCUACCCCCACGGCUAUGGGAACUGACUGAUAUGUCUUCUAUUUUUACCGUCCCAAAUGUAAGAUUGCAACCGGAAGCUGGAGAAAGCAUGAGGACCUUUGGGAAAAACAAUAGUUAUGGCAAAAGUCUAUCAAAUAGCAAGCACUGAUGCGCACAGCAUUCUCAAGAGCACAGGAUUAAGUUGUCAUCGUUCUGGGGAGAAAAAAAAAAAUUAAUGAAGUGGCCAAUAAUACGAAGGGAUUCAUGGAUCAGUUUCCUUUCACUCCCUGGGGUGGAUUUCACUUAGAAGAAAAUUGAAGCUGGCAAGACCCUGUUUUCUCCGCAAUUUAUUUAAAACCUUGCACGCAUUUGGAUACCUUGUGAUUUCCAAGAACUAUGUGAAGAUUAAGUUUUGCUUACUGAUACAUGGCAUGUAUUCUUUUCAGUCUUUUGUGUUUGAUUUUGUUUGAUUUCCCUCUGCACCACGGUGUCUCUGUAAAGGUUUUUAUGCUUUCACCAGCCGUGUCUUAAAUACAUUAAGACAACACACUCGGUGUUCACACUUCUUCAGUAAUGUCUGUACUUGAAAGCCACACAGUGGCAUAAAACAAUGUGUGUUUUCUUUGAGAGCAGUGCACAUUUUGCAGCCACCAGGAAGGGAAAUUGUAGCUGAAGCAAACCCAUGUUCUCUGACUGACUUGACAACUUAGUCUCUGGUGGUGGAGCACCACUUGUCUCUUCCCUUUUGAGAACGUUUGCAAAUGUGCUUCCCCCCCCCCCCCGCCCCCCUCGGAAACAACUGCACAUUUAUAUAAGAUAUCGGAAUCUGCUUAGCAUUUUCAAGCCACAUAGCAUGACUGUUCUCCGAGCAGGCUGGAAGUGAAGAAACAAAUAGGAAACAUUAAGAACAAAGACAGGGAUAAAUCGCUUCCUUUUGAACCUCUGGAAAUCGAGGUAACUUUUUACAUGUUUUCUGGGUCUUGUCAACAUCUUAUUUUUUCCACCCACUUUGUUAUGCUUUGUAUUUUCUAAAUGGUGAAAAGUGAGGAACAGAAUGUUUAAAUCAUGGGUGCAAAAAGAAUUAUAUCUUCUGGAUGAGCCCCGAAUACUGUCUUUACUAGUCAACAUUGAAAAAGCAGAUUACCAAGUUAUCCAGAGUGUGAAAUUUUCCCGUUUACACCAAAGCACCUUUGAACCACAUUUUUUUUUUUUAUUUUAAACAUUCCAAGCUGAUUAGAAGGCAUCAUUGGGUACCCUAACUGUAAACAGUCUCUGGGAAUAACUGUACGGAUGCAGGUGUUAGAAACAAGGCAGGAGUCUUGCUUUAAAGAUGGAAAGGGGUGGGGAAUAGAAAGGCCUGGCUUCCCUUGUUUAAGAAGCUGGGAGACCUUGGAGGAUGAAGGUGAAUAUUUGACACGGCGCGAGAUGUGGACUGCGCAUGCGGACUUGGAUCCGGGGGGAGCGCUACCUGGCACAGGUCUGUUCCUGGUGGGGCAGCCCCUGCUGCAGAUGCCAAAUAACACUGAAGCUAAUGGGGAAGUUAGGAAGCUUCAUGUAGAGCGUGAAACCUAGCUCCUCAGGACACCAGUUCCUAUGGAAAUCCCGGCGUGUACCUUGUUUUACAUUUCCUGUUAGAGAGUCGCACUUUCUUGGGUCAAGAAUAGGAAUUACCAGCCAGCUUGACAAAGACUUUGCCCUGCGCGUCAGGUGAAGGAAAAGCUUUUCCGUGGUCAAACCCAGGACGCAUAGGAAAUCCGACCCAGAAUUUCUUAACAUUAAAACGGUACUUUCCCUGGAAUGGGAUGUGAGGAUAGAUGUUAAGGUCACAGUCCAUCUUGUCCCCAAAGUAGCAAUCAUUGUAAGCUUCUAAGUGCUAAGCCAUUUACUGCUUGAUUUUAAAGAGAGGAAAAGUUAUCCAAGGCCAGAAUGUUUAAUCUUUGCCACCUAGAACUCCUUCCUGUUCUUCUUUCACACAUUCCAACUCUUUGGAAGUCUGCAGAGGGAUUUUGACUUAAUGUGUAUUUACGUUAGGAUUUCUUAAAGUAAACAUGGAAAGAAAACUUGACCUGCAAUCAGAAAACAAGCCUUUCCUGUGAUUUGUUUGAAUUAUUCAUUCUGUGGGAGAGGCACAGCUUUUGUACUUAAUGAAGUUUAAACCAAGGGCAACUGAUGAUGAAGUCUUGCUACAUAAUAAGCUUUCUAACUUGAAAAUUUGAAGAUAUUUAAUGUUGAAAGACUUCAGUUAGAAAUGUUAAGUUAUGCACAGAUCUAUGACCCUAUUACUGACAGUUUCUCUUGCAAAAUGAAAUGUGAUACUUCUCAGUAGAAGGAAUAUGUUUUAUUACAGUGACGUGUUUCAGAAGGGUCUCACUUAGGAGACUUCUGGUUCCCCUUGCUUGCCGCUGGUACAGGACAUCCAAAGUUUCCUUCUCUUUCCUCUCCCACUUGCAACUACCUUUUCCUUUUUUUCCCCCUCCUCUCACUGAGGACAGCCGUGAAAAUCACUCCAGACUGUGUUCAUGAGCAGAUUGAUUAUUCUGUUGAGAAAGCACUGGAAUGUUUUGUGAGAUAUUUUUAUAUGAAGGAGUAGCUUCAGUUCAAACAGCUGGAAUAGUUAGAACAUGUUAGCAUGGUAGCUAUAUCCACACGACCGCACACACGGUGCUCCGAAAGGAAACCUGGGACUUCGUUUCCAUUGUCUUGAAGGAAGAGUUUGGUUGACUUAAAAAUACAAGAUGCACAGGACGUGGAAAAACAAAAUGUAUGCAGUACUCAGAAAAAAAAAACAAAACAGGGGUAUAAGGUGGGAAUGGCUGUCCAUCCAGUGACCCAAGGGUGAGAAGCUAUUCCUACCUCCCAAGAGUGACAAGAAGAGUCCCCUGAGGAGCCGCCAAGCUUGCAGAAAGCACGGUCUCUUGGUAUCCUUUCCUCAGUGUGUACAUGAUAGCCAGUGUAAUCAAUACCUUAGGUAAUGAGUCUACACAAGAUAAUCAUCUGUGAAUAUUACUGGUUUUGUAAUCUUUGUUAUAUAAGAGGAUGUUUAGGCUGUACAUACUGGGGUAGAUUAUUGCCUGCCCCUUAUACAUAGGAAUAUGCUGCAUAAUUGCAUAGAACUUCCAUCUCCCUUCCCAGCUUGUAGGCAGAGGAAACCAUACAUGCUACUAACUUGUAAUUUUCUCAGACACCAAAAACCAAACCAAAUAAAGUCAAAUCAAAUAAGCAAUCUCCUCAUUCCCUUCCUAUAGCAGCAUAUUUUAGAGGCACAUACGAAAUCUAAAGUCUCUAGCUGGGAGUGGAUUUUUUUAAUUUUUCUUUUAUCUUUUUUUUAUAUAUAUAUAUGAUACACUGAAAUGUGUACUUCCUAACAGGCGGUUGGUACCUAAGAAAUGAGCUAGCAUCAUUCAGAAAACUGUUAUCCUUCAAAAUGACACAUAGUAAAGGAGAAUGGAAUAAUACAUGUUGCAUAUUUGUUACCAAUUGUAAUUUGUCUGUAUUAUGAAAGACGUAAUGGUUUGUCAGCGGUCACUGUUGUUUUCUUGUAACAUGAUAUGGAAUAAAGUAUAGCAGAAUCUCUGUA